AUGUUUGAUAAUACACAGUACCCCUAUAACUGUUUUAAUUAUGAUGGGGAUGACUAUCCAACCUGUAGUUCUGACGAAGAGAAAAAAUUCACCAGACCAGCAUACAGCUACAUUGCCUUAAUUGCAAUGGCCAUCCAGCAAAGUCCUUCAAACAAAGUGACCUUGUCUGGCAUCUAUGAUUUUAUAAUGAAGAAAUUUCCUUACUAUAGAUCAAAUCAAAGAGCCUGGCAGAACUCCAUCCGACAUAACUUAUCACUUAACAAUUGUUUUGUAAAGGUUCCCAGAACAGAAGGGAAUGAGAAGGGGAAAGGAAACUAUUGGAGCUUUGCAUCUGGAUGUGAAUCCAUGCUGGAUCUUUUUGAAAAUGGGAAUUACAGGCGGAGACGGAGAAGAAGGAACAUGAAAAGGGAACACAAAGAGCAGAGACCAAGUGGAGGGAAAGAUCCUUCCUCCCCUGAAUCGUCUUCCAUGGAUUCUGGUUUAUACAGCAUCUCCUGUCAUGAAAGUAAAUGCGAGCCAACCGAAUCUGGACCCAGACUCUUGGAGCCUCAUGGGUUCUUUCCAAACAACACCUCCAACAGACAGAGCCUAAACAACUCCUCCCUAGGAAAAUCUGACUCUGAAAUUAAAUUUAGCAUCGAUUACAUUCUUUCAGCCCCAGACCCUUUGCCUGUUCUGAGAUCUCAGUAUCAUAUGCAAGAUAAUAAAUACCAAUUACUGGAGUCCCAAAAAAUUAAUCUCCAGUUCUGGACAAUGUGA